CUAGGUACACUAGCAGCUAGCUGACCUCCUCUCACUCCCGUCAUCAUCAUGAGAUGAGAUCCAUCAGAACAUCACGUUCCUAUAAAUCCUCCCAGAAUCCGGCCGCAAGAGAAAGAAAAAAAAACACAACUAACCAUCAAGAGUUCAAGACUACUUAAGCAGUGCUCCCACUUAAACCCUUCUUCAUACACAACCGCCCACACCACAAACCCAGGCCGGCAAUCGAUCAAUCAGGCGCGGUAAUCUCAUCAAGAUGAUGAGCGGCAACGCCAACGGCUCCGGACCCAGCGGCAGCGGCACCGGCUUCUUCCAACAGCAGCAGCAGCACCCGAAGCGCCGCCCGCCUCCAGCGCCUGGAGGGCCGUCGUCCGACCAGCAGCAGCAGAACCGGAAGGUGCUGCGGCUAUCGACGACGCCGCAGGGGCAGGAGGACGCGCUGGCGGCGGGCGUGGUGCCGCCGGUGACCGUGGUGCUGGGCGACCGCUGCAUCUCCCACCGCGUCCACCUCGGCCGCCACUCCGGGUACCGCAGCCUCGCCGCCGCGCUCCGCCGCAUGUUCGUCGAUGAAGACGAAGACGAUGGCAAUACUGCCGCUGCGGACGUUGAGGGCCAGGGCGGGGCGCUUGUGGAUCUCUCCAAUGCCGUGCCGGGACACGUCGUGGCGUACGAGGACAUGGAGGACGACCUCCUCCUCGCCGGCGACCUCAACUGGAGGGAUUUCGUGCGCGUGGCCAAGAGGAUCCGGAUACUCCCGAAGAAAUCGUCGAACGGAAGGACGACGACGACCAAGCAAUGCGGAGGAGGUGCGGCCAGAUAAUCAAUUAAUCAGACACACUGCACGCCUGCCCGAUUAAUAAUUAACCACGUGUAAUUAGUAUACUCUAGUCCACUCCACUCCACUCCACUCCUGGUGAUCGAUUGAUUCAUAAAGCCCGGCCAGUACAUCGUCCCGAGAUCUGUCUCCCGAAAUCUAAGCUUUUUCUCCCGUUUACAAUUUUUCCCCGGCUGGCCUGUGUCGUUGAUGACACGGCUGGUGCCAAUAAAGAAAACCAGAGCACACAGAGCUUGUCUGCAA